AUGCCCGGUAAACCAAACAUAAACAUGAAGAAAUGCAAUUCAGAAAGAAGUGGCGGACACACUGUUAGCAAAAGAGGGACCACUUCAAAUUGCAGUCUAUGUUCCCAAGAAGGUCAUAACAAUGGGAUAUGUCCACUCAACCAGGUUAAUGCAGUUGAUGAUGUUUGUCUAUUUGAUUACCACGUGCUAUUUGAUGCAGAAGUAGGUGCGAGACAUAGAACUUUUGAGGAGGUUGGAGGUGAUGGAGAAGUAGGUGAGGGAUAUGGGGCUGAUGAGGAGGUUGGAGGUGAUGCAGAAGUUGGUGAGGGACAUGGGGUUUCCGAGGAUGUUGGUGAGGGACAUGGACAUAUGGCUGAUUUAAAACUGGGUGAUGAGCAAGUGGGUGAUGAACAAGUGGUUGAUUUAGAAGUGGGUGAUAUUGGAGGUGUGGCUGAUUUGCAAAAUACUGGGAAUUAG